AUUAUCAGAAGGAGAAAAAGAAGAUAUUAAAAUUCUUGAAGUUGUUAAUAAGUAUUUGAAAACUAAUAAUCAAUCAAAAAAGAUAUAUGAAAAUGAAAAAUUUAUUAAAUUUAGCAAACUUCGAGUAGAAGCAAUGGUUGGUCCAUUAAUUGAAAAAAUUUCAAACGAACAUGAUAGAAUUAAAGAUUACAAAUCAGAUUAUCAAGAAAAAUAUCUCAUUGAUAAAUAUAAGCAAUAUAGAGAUAUUAUUUUAGCUACAUUAGAAGUAACAAAACUAUUAACUACUAUUCAAGAUGAAAUUUAUGAACUUAAAUUUUUUCUUUUGCAACUUUUACGAGAAAAUUCAAUCGAAUGCAAUGCAAUGAGAACAAGUUAUUUUGUUGAUUCGACAUUUACUCCUAUUGGUAAUGCCAGAAUUGAUUUAUUUGUAUUAACAAAACAAGCAGAAGGUACCAUGAGAUUUUUUGUUACAAAUACUGAAUAUUUUCUGAAUGCUCUUAAUGAGACAAAAAACAAUGAGUUGCAAAAAAAUUCAUUUGAAUUAAAUAAUUUGGUAAUUGAAAAGCUUAAAAUUAAUUCUAAUGAAUCUACUAUAUAUUUGUAUAGUAUAAAAAUUAAUAGAAAAUGUAAAAUUGAAGCUAUGAGGAUUAAACGAAAAGCUAUUGGUGUAGGAAAAUCAAUAUUUAGCAAAAAAUUUAAGGAAUAUUUAGAAGAAAAAGGAUAUAAAGUUUAUCGACCAGUUGAAACAUCUUUACUUCUUGAUGAUGAAUUAAAACUCUUUU